AUGCAUGGGGCUGCUUCAAGACCUCAACUUGACUCAAUGGAACAGCAGCAAAGAUCGUCAGACAACACCAGCAUGAAAGAAUCACUUGAUGCACUGUACUCCCGGUUUCCUCUCACGCCAGACACACGUUCCAUUCGUUUGUUGGAGCUCGAGGCGCCACCUCCCAGCCACGAGUCAAGCUUCCCACCUCAGCUCCAUGGCGACCUUCGGGUAGUCAGUUUUGAAGACAGCCGGCCGUCUUUCAUUGCUCUUUCCUAUGUCUGGGGCGGGAAGCGGCCAUCCCCAACCACGCGAACCAUUGUAUGUCAUGGCGUCCAUGUCGACAUCACUGAGAAUUGCUAUGCGGCCCUCUGUCAGAUACGACGGCGUCAUGGGUACACCACACCUGCAACACUCUGGGUCGAUUCAAUAUGCAUCAAUCAAGAGAAUGAACAGGAAAAACUUGACCAAAUUCCCUUGAUGCAGCACAUCUUCUCCCUAGCACAGUCGACCUAUGUUUGGCUGGGACAUGGCAAUGACCGGAGUGAUCUAGCUAUGGAGUAUCUAUCGCAAUUAGCAAGAUUCGGCAGGCAGCUACCGCUGCGUAUCUGUACUGCUCCUGAUGCAGCAACCGCGAGGGCUGAGUCUGCGAGGUAUAGGGAGGCCGUGCUUGAUCGCGAAUGGAUACACCGGUCAUGGACAUUUCAAGAAUUGAUUCUGGCUCGCCAUUUAGUCGUCCUGUGCGGCACCAAGGAGAUCUCUUGGGAAGAGCUCAUCAGUGCAAUCAGUCUCAUGGCACAGAAUAGCAUGGGCAGCUUCAAGACGAUGGCUGAGCUUGAGGAGACGGCGGCGUCAUACCCCGUCAGCCCCUCGGUCCUAGCCCACUGGCAGUCCAUGAUUGAUCUCUGGCUUGGACUGCCGCGGCCUUCCAAUGGGUUUGAAUCUUCACGAAUCCACGUUUCGGGUAACAGGAAGUCGUCUUUGAGAGAUGACAUUAUUGCUUAUUGGGACAGGUUUGGGGACUCACCUUUACUCUUUCGACUGUUUCACUGGACCGUCGCCGCAAUUGGGCUAAUCUCCGCGAUAGGCGCAUGGGCCUAUCUGACGAGGGUGUUCGCGCAGAUACAAGUCUUGACUAGCUUUCGGGCUGGAGCCCCUGUCGUGCUUGUCUGGUUUGUGAUGACAGUAUUGGCAGGCAUCCAAACCAGAAGACUGUAUCUCGUUUGGUACGGGAUCGGCUUUGGGCAAGGACAGUCAUGGCUUCGUGACUCGGCUACAGCAACCGAGACACUUCAGGCUGCUGAAGCACUUGAUGGCAUCCGGGCGGCUCUGCGGGAGCGGAUCAGCACACAGCCCCAAGACAAGGCCUUCUCCAUCUCCGGCAUCUUACAGACCUGCGGUGCCAGCCCCUCGCCACCCGACUACUCUCUUGCAACAACGGAAACCUACCUCACCCUGGUGAAAGAUCUUCUUGCAUGGAGACCAGAAGCACUCAUCAUGCUGAUGGAUGCCGGUAUCAGUACAGCCUGCAUACGUGAUCCCAGUGCUACUGAGACCAUAUCGUGGGUGCCAGACUGGAGCACCCCUCGACCCAGUGCGUGGCUGACCUCAAGGUACCGCCUCAACAACACUUACGACAUUACACCUGGGUACGAUUACCAACUGCUAGAUCCAUCAGCUGUUCUGCUAGCCGGGACCUUCAGCGGCACGGUGAUGUGGGUUUCGCAGCCGUUUGCACCCACGCAUCAUCUAAAAGGGGCCGAGUUGCGCUUGGCCCUUGCUGCAAACCUUUACACAUUGCACUUCUGGCACCUGACCAUCUUCAAAAACCUCUUCCGGGCCAGACGCUCCGACACAAAAGAAACCUGGAAGACUCGCCAGUUCGCCGUCCUGGAAGGCUUGGUCCGGUCGCCAAACAACAGCCGGCCGGAAUACUGGCACAUACCGGAAGACUUCCCCGACCGCAGAGACGACUUUCAGGGCUUCUCACAGCUCCUGGAGAUACUCGACAACCUCUCGCGUCCGUCCGACCUGAACGACUAUCAAUCUCUCCACGACAGUCUUGCCCUUGACGACGAUGACAAUGGCCCAUCGUCCUCUUCCCCCCUCCUCCCCGAAGCCACCACCGAAGCGAUAUGGGACUCGGUCCUCUCGAAAAUGGCCAGGGCCAUCUCCAUCCUCCGACGGAACAGAAAAGCCUGGAGAUACUUUUUCAAAACCUGCAACCAGCUCGCCCUCGACCAGAGGAAUCUAUUCAUCAUGAGCAUAAACGCCUACAGCGACAAGCUCAUCGGCAGUGGUCCCCUGAGCCUGGCAGAGGGUGACAGCAUAUUUCUCAGCGGAGGCAUCCCCACGCCCAUGGCUCUGCGGAUGGUGCCCUCGUCUGAGGCCUACUUGUCUGGCACUCGAGGGGACAAUCGGUUCAGGGUCGUCGGGGCUGUGUUUGUCCACACUCUGACAGGUGAAGACGGCAGGCUUCCCGUGGGUUCUGUGUUUGGUAAUGACGGUCGGGAUCAUGUUGUUCUUGUGUAG